AACAUCUUAUCCAAUCUAUCAAAGGAUCAUGGUAUCGCGGUAGAAAACCUCGCAAGCCGCAGUGGAAUCGUAUGUGAUUUGAUUAGAAGAGAACAGUCCAAUACAAUGUCAGACAAUUCAAUACUAACGGCAAAAGACAAAUCCAAGACGUUGCCACAGAAUUUAUUUCUUGUGAAUUCAAUGCCACCGAAGAGCACGUUCGAUAGUAAAAAAUCGAGUAGCAUUGCAGGACUAUCUUCUAAACUACCCGCACCUGCCAUGGAUUAUAUGAUUAGUCCUACAAAAUCUAUCAGUUUCAUACGCCGAACCCAUUCCACCAAACUUUCGAGAAGCAAUUCAUUGCUGAAAAGCCUUACUUCUAAAUGUGUUGAUCAAAGCGGUUGUAACACAAGUCUGCUUCGAAUACCAGUCAAAGAAUUAGAAUACGCUCGACUAUGCCGUAUAUUGGAAAAGCCUGCACAAUUAGAUCAUAUGAUAAGAGAUAUCUUUAUUUUAUGUAAAGACGAGAAAGUGGAAGAAAACGCUGUACAUUCAGACACAUCGUAUGAAAAGGCGUGUCGUCGAGGAUCAGCACCUAGCACACCUGUUAUGGGUCAAAAGGGAGAGUCAACAUCAAGAUUUACAAAUUUCUUCUCUAAAAGAUCCUUUCGAUCUAUUCCUUUAAAACGGACUAAAUCUGUAAUUAAAUUAGAACGUUCUAAACGUGGACAAGGAGGUAUCAGAGGUUCUAGGUCACACGAAAGUCUGCUAUCCACUCACGUAGUAAUGUCUAACAUUGAUUUAGCUUGUAUUGGAACUAUCGAAGUGGUUCCUGUGCAUUCGUCUGUCCUUGGCAGGCGCCAUUGUUUUCAAGUGCGAGGUAUUUCGCGUGAAGAGCGAUAUUACAGCUGUGGGACACGCCAAGAACGUGAUAUAUGGAUACAUAGCUUGCGUAAAUGUAUCUCUCCAAACAAAGACAAUCGGCGACGACUAGAUAAUUCAUUGAAAAUGUGGGUUUAUGAAGCAAAAUCAUUGCCACCAAAAAAGCGUUACUUUUGUGAGAUAUAUAUCGAUAAAACGUUGUACGGUCGAACAUCCGUCAAAUUGCGAGCAGAUCUCCUUUUUUGGGGUGAAUACUUCGAUUUCCCAGAUAUUCCAGAAGCAAGCAUUAUCACCGUAAAUGUGUAUCGAGAAGCAGAAAAGAAAAAAAAAAAAGAUAAACAUGUGCUUGUUGGAUCGGUAGUCAUUCCCAUUGAAAAAGUUGCAGCGAGAACUUUUUCCGAAGAUUGGUAUCAAAUUUUGAUGGAGAAACAGGACAACGUAAUAAAGAGCCCAUCCAAAGAACCGGCACCAACACUUAGAAUCAAAUGUCGAUACCAAUCGAUUGAUAUUAUGCCAUUGGAUGUCUACGGAGAAUUUCACGAAUUUUUGAAAAAAAAUUACAAAAAAAUUUGCGAAGUUAUUGAACCAAUCAUCGGAGUUAAAGCAAAAGAAGAUAUUGGACAAGCAUUGGUACUUCAAAUGCAUUCUCAAGGAAUGGCUGCCAUAUUUUUGUCUGAUGUGGUUGCGUUAGAUUUAUUGCGAGUGGAUGAUCAAAGGCUAACGUUUCGCGGCAAUUCUUUAGCCACGAAAAGUAUGGAAGCGUUUCUUAAGCUCAUCGGAGAGCAAUAUUUACAGGACACGUUGUCUAUUCCAAUAGCGGAAAUAAUUGCGUCCGAUCGAGAUUGCGAAGUAGAUCCAACUAAAGUGAAUGGAUCGUUAUCGCGUCAACAGCAGGCCCUUCGAAGAACUGUUAAAUCCGUGUGGAUAGCAAUUGCUGAGAGUAGUAAGAAUUUUCCCAAGCAGCUACGAGAUUGUUUUGCAACAUUUCGUGAACGAUUACAUGAUUUGGAUCGCGAAGACAUGGCAGACAAUUUAAUAAGCGCUUCUAUAUUUCUACGUUUCUUAUGUCCAGCCAUUAUGUCACCUAGCUUGUUUAACAUCACUAAUGAGCUUCCAUCAGCGCGUGCAACACGAAAUUUGACCCUUGUUGCCAAGACACUCCAAACGUUGGCAAAUUUCACACGCUUUCAAGGAAAAGAAAAUUUUAUGGAAUUUUUAAACGAUUUUCUGGAACAAGAAGCACCACGUAUGAAGCAGUUUCUUUACGACAUAUCGUGCUCCAAUUUUAUUAAUCCAGACAAUUUUAUGGAUUGGUCUGGAUGUAUCGAUCAGGGUAAACAGUUGUCCAUUUUGCAUAGCUUACUGUACGAAAUAGUGCUAAAACUACCAGCUGAUAAACAACAUGAAAUUCAGCCACUACCAGCGAUUCUUGCGACGAUUACGCAUUGCAAGCAAGUAAAUUGCACAACAUUAAAUGCAGAUCAAUAUUGUACUGGAAAACCGCACAUUGUUCAGGUCAAAGAAAACUUACUAUCAAAAAAAGAAGACAUUCUUCCAAGUGCUGGUUCCGCCAACAUGUCAUCCAAAGAAUAUUCCACGAAGAGAAACCCAAAAAUGCUCAAAAACGAAUGUACCUUACAAUCGUCAAAUACUCUUCAACCGUCGACACAUUCAUCUAGUUUUUCUCUGCAUUAUUCUACGAGUACUUCUACUAACUCAUUAGUCAAUAACACAAAACAGUUGCACAAAGAUGCCACAGAUAAAAAUGAUGACAUAUGUGCAAUGGGCAAGCUUAAUUUCAAUAGCCAAUAUGGCUCGAACAUCAUCUGUAGUGGUAGUUUACGGACUUAUUCAUCUACAGGAGCUACAUCUUUCGGUGCCGUGAACAGCCUGAUGACGAACAGUUUGCGAAACGAAAAAGAAAAAUCGAAUAAUUUACAAGGUGAUAUUAGAGCCAAUACGUUACCACGUUAUAACAAUUAUACGACAAGCGUUUCCAUUCGCGAAAAUACUUAUCCAGAGAGCAGUAACUCGGUAGGGUACGAUCACGAUGUCAACGGAAAUUCAAUGUUAAAUGGAACCAAUAAGAAUCUUAUCCAAAUUGACAUCGAUCCCACAAAUCCAAUAAACAGGAAAAGUCCCACGCCAUUAUUAAAAAACAUAUCGUGUUGUCAUUACAUCGCUAACAAUCGAAUUCAAGAAGGGUCUCAUCAACGUCUUACAAGUCCAGGCUCUAAUCUUAGCGACUUGGAUAAGAAUGCAUUUAAUUUGGGUAUUCCGCACAAUGAUACAAAUCGAGAACAGCAAUAUUCUCAACAUAUCUACCCAGCACCUGCGCUGAAAGCUUCUAAUAUCACAACAAUAUCUUCGUUUGUACCGCGUCAGUCGACAACAACAUUCAACCCAUCCAAAAUGCCAAUGAGUCUAGAAGAUUUGGAAGAUUUGUUAAAUUAUGCUGAUGAACAAAAUCAAACUUCGUUUAGCGAAAGUGUUUCCAACCGUGGUGGAUGCGAUCCAUGUGGUACAAAUACCAAAACAAAUAUAGCUUCCAACGGUAGCAAUGCGUCUAUUAGUCAAAUCUCGAACAAAUGUAGUUCCGGCUAUCAAAGUAUCCCUACGCAAUCGACGAGCUCAAGCCCGGUAGAAUCAACUGGCGAGCAACAUAGUCUAGUUACUAAUAGAGCACCACCAUCACGUAAAUUAACAACUACCCUUAUUGGUUACAAUAUAGGAACAAGUCAAAAAUUAUGCAUGAAUGAUCAAGCAAUCGCCAAAGCAGAUUUACCAGUAUCCAGUAUUAACAUGCAGCUAUCCAAUAAAAGCGACCCGCUCGUCACAUCACACGGAACCAUUCAUCACUAUUACGAUCGUAAAACGCCAAAUGAACAAAGCAAUGUGAACAGAAUUUUAAACAACAAUUACGUUGAUAUCUCGUACGAUGUCUUGUCACCGUGUAAAAGUCCGAUUGCAAGCAAAACAACUGAAUGCACCAGCCUUGGAAUUGAUGAACACAACGAUUUAGCACAUCCCGUAGAGUAUUUUGGAAUAAAUCGAACUAAUCAUCAUUCACGACAUAAAAGAAAAGCUAUACAUGGUAUCCGCAAAAGUGGUGGUAGCAUACAAAGUGAGUCGAGCGACGAUGAACGAGUCAGCAAUACCACAUCAGAAAACUUUAAUGAUAUUGAUUCGUUAACCACGGGAAACGUAUCAGCUUUAGACCGAAAUCAUAUUUCGAUAAGCAAUGCUAACGAUUAUGAUCAAGCUUCUUCCGGUUUAUUUGGAUGUCGAUUAGGAUGCAGGCGUAUGCCGCGAACUAAUCCAUUGAUGCAGUAUGAUAAUGAUGAUGUAUCGGAUAUCAUUGGAAAUAGCGGUGUCGACACUGCUUUGACAAACCAUCAAAGAAAUCAAAGUUUUCAAAGCCGCUUUCAUCGACGUCUAUCGAUAGAGUGUGCACGAGCACUAUCAGAUAGCUCUACCGACGAAACCGAAAGUGAAAAAACGAAAACUUUCAACUCGAACCAGCACACAGCGCAGCAUCAUAAUCUUAGCAUUUGUACUACAACCCAUACAAAUAUUUUCCGCGAAAAUGACACCAGAAGGCGACGGAAUGCAAACAAAUCAGUUGAGCAGUGUGAGAGAGAAAUUCAGAGACUACAGGCAUCAUUAGACUCCAUGCGGAAAAAACUAGAAAUGUCUGAGCCAGCAGAAGGAAAUGCCAAUAAACUGCCAGCAAUUACACAGCAAAGCGACAGUAAAAUUCGAAGCAUAAUAGGAAGUUCUGCCCAACAAAACAGACAACGUCCAUCACGCUUUUCAGUGAUAAUCUCCACGACUCCGAACAACUCCAGACGACUCCGGACGGCUUCGGACGACUCCGGACGACGCCGGACGACUCUGGGCGACUCUGGGCGACUCUAAUUCCGGGCAGAUCUAGUGGUUCCAUUUUGCCGGAGUCGGAAUCGGACUAACAAUAGUAGGAGUUGGAUCGGAGUCGUACGUGCGCCAAUACGUAGCGAGAAGAACAAGAUAGCUCGCGAGUAGAAGAACAAGACCAACUUGCAUAGUGAGAAAGUCAAAGUUAGCUCGCGACCGCGCUGCCUGUCCAAAAUACGCAUCGAGAACAAAUGUGGCGUUCGCGAAUAACUUUGUUUUUUUGAACAUACUUAGUAAUCUUUAAUGUUGUUCGUCUUUUAAAACGUUCUGACGACGCAUAUAACACUGGCUUAUAAAAAUUAUAAGAUGGUUGCAAUAAACAUCCUGUAAACGUAUUCUUAAGCACGUUUUAAAA